UCGUGCAACUGCUUAACUGCAACUGUAUUCUAAACCAGUCGAGUGUCUAAGAAUAGAGAUAGAAAAUUAAAAAAAAAAAAAAAAUCAAAGAUACCCGCAUCGCCCUAUAUUCCUAAUCACUGUUCCUUGAUCAUUUACUUGGGGGAAGCUUGAAAUUCAGAUGAAAGGAAUCGACAGUUCUCAGAGAAUUAAUGGUAGUGAAGAAGAGGAAGAAAACGCAGGCAAAGUAUGCAAGUCAGCAGAAGGGGAGAGUUCAAGCGAUAGCUCAGCUGAAGAAAAUAAUGAACAGAAGGGAGGUUCUGGAUCUGCACGACGGUAUCAUCGUUCCAAGACGCCGCGGCUCAGGUGGACUCCCGAGCUCCAUCUUUGCUUUGUUCAUGCUGUAGAAAGACUAGGAGGACAAGAGAGAGCAACGCCUAAGUUGGUUCUUCAAUUUAUGAACGUCAAGGGACUUAGCAUCGCUCAUGUAAAGAGUCAUCUUCAGAUGUAUAGAAACAAGAAGAUUGGCGACCCUAAUCAAGUGAUGACAGAGAAAGGGCUUGCGUUGGACGGCGGUGACCAAUUAUAUAAUUUAAGCCAACUCCCCUUGUUACAAAGUUUCAAUAAUCGAAGGCCAUCUUCCAGUUUAAGAUAUAAUGAUACUUCUUGGAGAGGACAUGAAAACCAAAGCUAUGGCGGCCCUAAUAUGAUCGGUGAGAAUGCACUUGAAAGAGCCAAACAUGGACUUUAUGCCUCAUUAGCCGAGAGACUUCUUGGAAGCCGCAGUGAUAAAUCAACCACAAAAGAUCCAAUGAAUGAUAAAUACAGCUGUUGGAAAAUGAGUGAAGAACUGAGAAGCAGGUUUAAAAGAAAGAGUUUGGAUCCAGAAUGUGAUGACAAUAUCGAUUUAAAUUUAUCACUGAAAGUAAAACCAAACUGUGAUAUUCAUGAAGGAUUUGAAAAUGGGAAUUACAGUUUGGAAUUGGGUGAUGAAGUUGAUAGUAGAUUAUCUCUUUCUUUGUCCUCAUCUCCAUCUUCAUCCUCAAAGCUGAGCUUCAGAUCGAAGGAGGGCGGUCAUGAUUUGAUGAAGAUUCAGCAUGAAGGGACCGCAAGUAUUCUGGAUCUGACUUUAUGAAUGAGACAAUUUCUAAGUGAGAUCUUUAAGUACUAGUAUUCGAUCAAAAUUUGAUCGUCAUCAUUGUCAUGAUGUACAAGGUGAUUAUAAUUACAACUUUGCUCUUCCUGCCUUUUUUUUUUC